AUGCCUGAGCGUGACUCAGUGUUGCGAAUCUUCUUCCCGGCAUGCAUAUGCGUGUCGAUCAUGAGCAAAGAUAGCAAUUUGACUGCUCAACAAUCUUCCUUUCAACCUUUGAUCACUGAAAUAGGCUCUUACGCAAAGACUGCUUAUCCGGCAUACACUCUUUCUGCUUUGUUUGCCCUAAGUGCUCCAUUUGGAUUCGCAGGUGGAAGAGAUUUGGAAAGGAUUAAAAACGCUGCCGUUACACCACGUACUCAGGCUAUCGUUGGCAAAGUUGCCGGAAAGACAAUCUCUGAUUCCCUCAAAAAGCCAUCUUCUUUGCCUCCUUUUUGGCAAUUAGCAGGCUUUGCAGUUGCUUUUGGAGGUGGUGGUUAUAUUAUCGAUCAAGGUGAUAUCCUAAACGGAGCAGGAACUGUUACAGCCUGGUCAGGUAUCUAUUUGUUCUUCAACGCAAUCAGUGCUAUUCGAAGACCAUCACCGCUUUCACUGCUCCUAGCAACAUCUACGACAAUUGGUGCUACCAUUCACGGCUGCUAUUACUUCAACAGAACAUCUUGGAAAGGAGCCGUUCCUGGUUUGCAUCCUCAAAAGAGCUCAACUCCCUACAAGUUCGCUGCUUCCACUCCUGGACCAUCCACGAAAGCAGCUAGGUUCGCUACUCCGAUAGACGCAUCAAGUUUGCCAAAAGGAUUCAAAGUGGCAGCAACGUAUGCUGGAAUCAAAGCUGCCAUCUCACCCGUAGCCACUCCUCCAGGAGGUAGCCAAACCAAAGCCAGUCCUAAACCGGACUUGGCUCUGAUCACAGCUGAUGAGCCAGUAGCUGCAGCAGGUACGUUUACGAGAAACGUAUUCAAAGCUGCACCGGUGGUAUUGAGUAGCGAUCUUUUGGUUCAAGGAUCAAAGACCAAAGCAGGAGCUCGAGCAAAGAGUAUCUUAGUCAAUAGCGGUUGUGCAAAUGCGGUAACCGGACAGGGUGGUUACAAUGACGCCAAACAAUGUGCUCAAUGGGUUUCAGAAUUACGACCGGCAAAGAAUGAAGAGGAUAACAAGACAUUGCUUUUGUCUACCGGUGUGAUCGGUGUCCCACUUCCAAUGAAUGCUAUCGAGAAAGCAUUGCCAAAGAUUGCUUCGGGAGAUGCGCUGAAAAAUGACGAAAAGUCUUGGUGGGAAGUAGCAAGAGCAUUCAUGACGACUGAUACGUUUCCAAAAUUACGUGCACGCUCAUUUGAACUUGCGGGUAGACAAUGCAAUAUGGUCGGAAUAGAUAAAGGAGCGGGAAUGAUUCAUCCGAAUAUGACUGGACCUGCAGCCUCUGCUUCUGCUGGAUUGCAUGCCACUCUUUUGGGCUUAAUUUGCACAGAUGCUCCAAUCGAGCCUGCUUCUUUACAAUCUGCUCUUGAAGCUGCUGUCACCAAAUCGUUCAACUGUAUUAGCGUGGAUGGUGAUAUGAGCACGAAUGACACAAUUAUCGCUUUAGCAUCAGGUCAAGCUCCAGCAUCAUCCUCAAAGAACGCUUUGCCUUCAGGUCAGGAAUUGACACGCGAAAGUCACCCAGAAGAGUUUGCAAUCUUUGUCGAACGUUUAACCGAAUUUUGUACUGAAUUAGCCCAUCUGAUCGUAAGGGAUGGAGAAGGAGCGGAAAAGUUUGUUCAAAUUCAUGUAAAAGGAGCACCAACGUUUGCAGACGCACAUGCGAUCGCAUCUUCGAUUAGUACUUCUGCAUUGACCAAAUGUGCUUUACAUGGAAGUGAUGCAAAUUGGGGAAGAAUUUUAUGUGCAGCAGGAUAUACAAACAUGCGUGGAGGAUUGGUCGAUUCUAGAACUGUUGAUGGAACCCCAGAAGCUUCGCAAUCGAGCGACUUUGCUACAAAGUCUUGGCAAAUCGAUCCUUUGUCCAUUUCUGUACGCUUUUUGAAACCAAGCAGUGCUCCUUCAAACUCAUCCGAUAUUGUGGACGAAUUGGUGGUAUUGAAAGAUGGUACACCUCAAAAAGUUGAUGAAGCUAAAGCAAAGGCAUUGUUGGAUCUGGAAGAUAUUGAGAUCGAAGUAGACCUCCAAGGUGGUACUUGGGGAAAAGGCAAAGCAAGUGCAUCAGCAACGUACUGGACUUGCGAUUUUAGUAAAGAGUAUAUUGCUAUUAAUGGUGAUUAUCGAUCUUAA